CUAUUCCCUAACACUUUUAAAUAUGUAGGAGAUCAUUAAGAGGAGCCAGCUAUAAGUGAAAGGCUCUCUUCGAUACAGUCAUGCCUGUCAGUGAUAAACAAAUGAAAAUACGAAGAUCAGCUAGAGACGUCAAUCAUGAAGAAAUACAGGCACUUCUGUCAAAAUUGAAAGAAAUAGUGCCAAAUAUGCCUCGAAAUCGAAGGCUGUCAAAAUUGGAGAUAAUUCAAUACGUGAUUGAUUACAUUGUGGACUUGCAAAUUGCUUUGGAAUGUCCACAUGGAAUUAGUCCAAUUAAUUCAUCACAUAGACAACCACUUGGUGUGAUAUCAUCUCCUUCCAAUUCUAGGCAAGAUGUCAAUCCACUCGAUAAACUGCCAUCAAUGCAUCGUCCAGAUGUGAUGUUAAAAAGUAUUUCACGUUCGUUAUCAAGCUAAAAUUAUGAAACUCUAAAGUGUGCCAUCUUUUCAUUACUGUGCAAUUUUUUCUCAUUUCUUCUUCAACAGGGCAAGAUUGCAAUCAAAGUCUAAAGGUGCUCUUGCAAUUUCUGCAAGUAGUGUCAUUCCUGUGCACCCUACACUAAUAGUGAUCUAAUGUAAAUAGACUCACAAUAUAUUUUUCACUUUUUUUUGUUCGGUUGAUUUUGUGCAUUCACUGUGAUUAACAGUUUUUUAUGUGUAUAGAAAUUUAUUCCACAAUUUGUAAAUUUUGUACUUAAAAAAAUUACUGUGUUUAUUUUCUCUUUUGCUUUGUUCAACAGCAGUUAUGAAGAAUAACGUCUUUUGUCAUGUAAAAAUUGUAAGGAAAAUUAAAUAUUAAAUUAAAA